CCUCUCUCUCAAACAUCUUCGCUACAUAUGUCUCCCUUUGCCUCUGCUCUCAGUUUUCAUUCCUAAACCCAAAACUCACAGUGCUCUUCUUUCCCUUAUAGAUUCCCGUUUUAGUUAGUAAAGCCAAGAGUUAAAAAAUAUAUUCAAUUUUGAAGUAUGUCCUUCCUUAAUUCCAUUUCAUCUCCUCCACAAAUUUACUCCCUUUUUUGCUCUCCAAUUUUCCCUCUUUACCGUUUCCAUUCUCCUUCGUUUCCUUCUUUAUAUUACCGCCACCAUGGGAAUGGGGGGAUUAUAAGAGAGUUUGGGUUUCUGGGUGAUUUCAGAGGUAAAAGCAGGGUGAAUUCCGGUUCAAUGGGGAAACACAGGGGCGGGUUCUUUUGGGAUUCUUAUGCUUGUAGUUCUAGAGGGAGUAGUAGCAGUAGCAGUAGCAGUAGCAGUAGCAAAGGAGAUAAAUUUGAAAGUGAAGAAGAAGAGGAGGAGGAGGUCGAUGAAGAAGAAGAAGGUGCUCGGCCUUUUUGUGCUUUACCUGACAGAUGGGAUGUUCUUGGCCUUGGUCAGGCCAUGGUAGACUUUUCUGGUAUGGUGGAUGAUGAAUUCUUGGAGAGGUUGGGAUUAGAGAAGGGAACUAGGAAGGUUGUAAAUCAUGAGGAGAGGGGUAGAGUUUUGCGGGCUAUGGAUGGUUGCAGCUAUAAGGCAGCUGCUGGAGGAUCUCUUUCCAACAGCUUGGUGGCGUUGGCAAGGCUCGGUUUUAAGCCCAUCGUAGGCCCUGCUUUAAAUGUAGCUAUGGCAGGCAGUGUAGGGAGUGACCCAUUGGGUAGCUUCUACAGGUCUAAACUACACCGAGCAAAUGUGAAUUUUCUUUCUGAACCUAUCAAGGAUGGAACAACUGGAACAGUGAUCGUCCUCACAACUCCAGAUGCUCAACGCACCAUGCUUGCUUAUCAGGGCACAUCAUCGACUAUUAAUUAUGAUUCUUGCCUGGCUGGCUUAGUAUCAAAGACAAAUAUAUUUGUUGUUGAGGGUUAUUUAUUUGAACUUCCUGAUACGAUCAAAACUAUUAUAAGAGCAUGUGAAGAAGCACGCAGGACCGGUGCCCUGAUAGCAGUCACGGCAUCUGAUGUUUCCUGCAUUGAAAGACACUACGAUAAUUUCUGGGAAAUCGUCGGGAAUUUCGCCAGCAUUGUGUUUGCAAACAGUGAUGAAGCAAGAGCUCUCUGCCAUUUUUCCUCGAAGGAAAGCCCUGUUUCAGCAACAAGGUAUCUUAGCCACUUUGUUCCCUUCGUUUCGGUCACGGAUGGACCUAAGGGAUCUUACAUAGGUGUAAAAGGAGAAGCUGUAUAUAUCCCUCCUUCUCCAUGUGUACCGGUGGACACAUGUGGUGCCGGUGAUGCGUAUGCUUCCGGUAUUCUGUACGGCAUAUUACGAGGUGUCUCCGAUUUGAAAGGUAUGGGUACAUUAGCAGCUAGGAUUGCGGCCACAGUUGUCGGGCAACAGGGUACACGACUUAGGGUUCAGGAUGCUGUUGAUCUGGAACAGUCAUUUGCAUUCAACAUCGAGAGUUCUAGUGUAGGUACGGAUGUAGGUUCGGAUCAUAUUUCAAGCUUGUGACGCAGUACCUUGAACUCUAUAUUGAUUUCUAAAUUCGUUCAGAUCUCUAUUCGUAGCUUGUAACCUUGUAUAUCUUCCUUCAGAACAUUGCUGGCAACAUAUUUGCCUUGCCAUUGAUUCAAACCUGACAGUCAUUCCAAUGUCAUUCAGUAUAAAUGCUGUAAAAUUAUUGCAUCUCAAUUCAUCAAAGA